GGAAGGGCAGCUAUGAAUUUCCUCUCCUGGGCUGAAUUCAGAACCAAACUGCCGUCUGUCUAACCUGCUCUGACCUUUGAGUCUCCUCCAUCUCGCCAAACGUCGGGCAUGCAUGUUUUUAACCGGUUAAAGAGGAGACAUCUGUAAAUAUUUACAGUGACCUGCGAGCCGAAAUACAACACUAUGGAGGCCGUCAAAGCAUUUAACAAUGAGUUGUACUCAUUGAAUGAGUACAAGCCGCCCAUAUCCAAGGCCAAGAUGACUCAGAUCACCAAGUCUGGAAUCAAGGCUAUAAAAUUCUACAAGCAUGUUGUCCAGAGCGUGGAGAAGUUCAUACAGAAGUGCAAGCCAGAAUACAAGGUCCCAGGGCUGUAUGUCAUCGACUCAAUCGUCAGACAGUCACGACACCAGUUUGGCACCGAGAAGGACGUUUUUGCGCCACGCUUCAGCAAGAACAUCAUCGCAACGUUCCAGAACCUCUACCGCUGCCCUUCAGAUGAUAAGAGCAAGAUAGUGCGAGUCUUGAAUCUGUGGCAAAAGAAUGCGGUCUUCAAGAGUGACAUCAUUCAGCCUCUGUUGGAUAUGGCAGCAGGGAUUCCUCCUCCCAGCGUUACUCCUGUCAUGCCCAGCAGUGCUGCUGCGGUCAAUAACACUACGCCUGGCACCCCAGCUACGCCGGCCACUCCAGCCAAUAUCGUCCAGGGUCUGCCUGACUGGGCUUCCCAGAUUACCAACACAGACACUGUGGCUGCUGUGGCACAAAUCUUACAGAGCCCCCAGGGACAACAGCUUCAGCAGCUGGUGCAGAGUCUGCAGAUGCAGCAGCAGAAGCCCCAGCCGUCCCUGCUGCAGGCCUUGGACGCCGGCCUGGUGGUGCAGUUACAAGCUCUGACAGCUCAGCUCACUGCAGCUGCCACUGCCAACAGCCUGAACCCGUUGGAGCAGAGGGUCUCCUCUUUUAAUAAGAAACUUUUGGGUCCUUUUGACUUUGGGAACGAUUCUGAACGCAGUGAGGAAUCGAAAAAAGACACGUCGUCGUCUCAGCUGCCCAUGGUGUCUGAGCCCAUUAACAGCUCCCUCUUCCAUCAACUGGCUGAGCAGCUACAACAGCAAAACCUGGAGCAGUUUCAGAAGCAGCUGCUGGAGCACCAGCAGAAGGCAAUGAGCAUAGAAGGACAGGACUCUAUCUUUGGACAAGAGAACUCGGUCGCAGGUGCUCAGAGCAGCAGCCAGUCACAGCUUCCUGAGCCAGAGAACAAGUUGGAUGACUCCAUAGACAACCAACAGCAGGAUAUGGAUCUUGACGAGGGCCCAGAUGGAAUGGAGGAGGAGAUCUUUGAAGGAGAGGAGAAGAAGACCAUAAGCACACGGUCCAGAACACGCUCUCGGUCACGCUCUCGAUCUCCCAAGAGGAGAAGGUCCAGGUCUCGCUCAGGCUCACGGAAACGUAAGCACCGCAAACGGUCUCGCUCACGCUCCAGAGAUCGUAAGAGGAAGUCGUCACGGUCGUACUCAAGUGAAAGACGGGCCCGGGAACGAGAAAAGGAGCGUCAGAAGAAAGGACUGCCUCCCAUACGAUCCAAGACUCUAAGUGUGUGCAGCACAACUCUGUGGGUGGGCCAGGUGGAUAAGAAGGCUACUCAGCAAGACCUCACCAAUCUGUUUGAAGAGUUUGGCCAGAUUGAGUCUAUCAAUAUGAUCCCUCCCAGAGGCUGUGCCUACAUCUGUAUGGUCCACAGACAGGAUGCAUACCGUGCCCGCCAGAAACUCAGCACUGGCUCUUUCAAGAUUGGCUCCAAGAUCAUCAAGAUCGCAUGGGCUCUGAACAAAGGCGUAAAGCAGGAGUACAAGCAAUUUUGGGAUGUGGACCUGGGUGUCACCUACAUACCUUGGGAGAAGGUCAAGGUGGAUGACCUGGAUGGCUUUGCCGAAGGGGGAAUCAUUGACCAGGAGACCGUCAAUGAUGAGUGGGAGGCAGCCAAGAAUUCUGAAUCGGCCAAGGAAAUCGCAAAUCAGCCAGUAAGCGUCGAGACCACAGCGGCAUCUAAUACCCAAACCGAGACCUACAACCAGCAGGUUACCAUGAUGCCUGUGCAGAUACCAGUGGCUCAGGCAGUUCCCAGUGCAGUCGGUUUGGUGCCUCCUACCUUCCCUGUCACUAUGGGAAUACCCCCACCAGGCUUCGGGCCGCCACCACCCUUCAUAAGGGCUGGCUUCAAUACCUCACAGCCUCCACCAGGUUUUAUGCAGGCUGCACAGACAGCAGGCAUGGCUGCAGCAACUACUUCACUAGUGCAGCCUUCAGUGCCCUCCAGCCAAGAUGCUGUCAAGGAAUCACCAUUUAGUGCAAUGAUUCCUCCAACCAGCACUAUCCCUGGCAGCUAUAUGCCCUCAGCCAUCCCUGGAGCCGGUGUGUUCAACCCAGUUGGAGUCCAAACUCAGCAGCCCACUAAUGAGAAACCUCCACAAUCUGCAGAGGGUAUGGAUGCUGCUGCAGAACUUACACUGCAAGGGAUGCAGAAUGCAGUCCGCAGUGGGAUGGGUCUAUUAGGCAUGCACCCGACAGCUUCCCUCACCCACCCGCUGCAUCAGUCUGGUCUGAGUGGGCAGAGAAUGCCUGGCCUGCUGCCCCUGGAUGUGCGACCCAACCUCCUCCAACCCGGUGCUGCCGCCCGCUUCCCACUGCUCAUGCAGCAGGGCCCCGCCCAGCAAGCCGCCGGCCUCCUUGACAGCACCCUCCAGGCUCAGGCCCGUGCCAGGGGUCCCUUCCCUCAGCUAGACCCCUUCAACAGGGUGCCCAACCUUACCAAUGAAAAUCUAUCCAAAACAGAAGAAGAGUCUUCCUCUGGCGCUGAUGAGGGCAAAGACCAGGACUACCGUUUUCCUCCAAUGGAAAAGCAGAGCACAGGCCUGCUGCGGACCCCUCCACCAGAGCAUAGGGAACCCCUUGGAGCCGGAGGAGGAGGCAGGCCUCCCUUGCUCCAGACCCCAGGCACUCAGCCAGCCAGAUCCAGCUUAGUAGGACGUCUCCAGGCUCUUGCAGGCUUCACUCCCGAUAACCGCUGGAACCAGGGCAGAGGGGACUUUGAUGAACGAGAUAGCAUGCGAGGAGGCCCACAGGCCCCAGGUGGUCCGAAAGGCUUCCAGGAGGAGCGCCCCACAUCUGGGCAGAACUUCCCCAACCGCUUUGACAGCCGUCCUGGGACAGCAGGGGGAGCAGCCAGUGUUUCUGUAAAUGCUGGAACUGUCGGGGGUCCACAGGCCUGGAACCGUAGUGGUGGUGCCACAGCUCCUUUUGACAGUGAGCUGCAUCAAGACCUAGAUGACCGAAGACGCCCAUGGGACAGGCAAAGAGACAGGGAUGAAAGAGAUUUUGACUUCAGGAGGGAGAUGAACGGUAACCGCCACAGCCGCGAGAGAGAACGGGAGAGGGAGCGCGAGAGAGACAGGGAGCGAGGCCGAGACCGCACCAGAGAGCAUGAACGCGACAGAGACCACGACAAAGAGAGAGACCGUGAGCGGGAACGUGAACGUGGAGGCUGGACACCACUCCUCCCCCUACCCACACCUCUUCUUCCAACUCCACCUCUUAAUCCCAACCUGACACUGAACCAAGGCAAACUACUUGCCCCUCUUAAAUUAAACCCUCAAAUUCAGUCACGAUUCCAGUCCCCGCUUUUGCCUCAAGCUCAGCCCAAGCCCUCUCUCCUGGGUCAGCCACUGCCUCACGUUCAGAUUAAGUCUCCUCCUCCAUCACAGAACCUGGCAGCUGUGCCCGAGCCCCAAUCAGAAACCCCCGUUCCAUCUGACACUCCCCUGACACAGUCACCACCCUCAGCCCACUCACCCUCCACAUCAUCUGACAACAAGAGUCAGACCCCACCGACUGAAGCUCCCACUCAAUCCGAGUCAUCACCGCAGCCAGAGACCCCUCCACACACCGAAUCACCUUCCCAGCACGCAGCUCAGUCCCCCUCCAAGACCACUGCUUCACCAGACACUGAGACCCCAAGCCAUGCCUCACCGCUGGCUGAGGCCUCAUCCCAGGACUCACCUGUGGCCUUCACACGAGCUGCCAGCCCCCCUGAAGAUACGACUCAAUCCCUGGAGGAGCAGGAAAGCCCACAGAAGGAUGAUGAGGAGGAGGAGGAGGAUGAGGAGGAGGAGGAGGAAGAGGAGGAGGAGUCACAAGAGAGAGCCUCCUCACCCCAGCCACAGUGGGUCAAUGGACCUGGGAUGGACAGUAUCACUGUGGCUGAGCCCACACCAGAGGCCUCUCCUGAGCCCUCUCCCGAGCCCACUCCAGACCCAUCCGAUGAUUCUUUGCUCCCUGAAAGUGAAAAGGAGCCGCAGCAGGAGCAAGUUGCCUCUCCUGAGGACGUAGACAAUGAACAGAGUGAGCCCAUGGAGGAAGCUGCGAGUCAGCCAGUGGUAGACACUGUCACAGACACUGAGGGGACAUAAUCAUCACUCAGUAGGUAAAAGAUCAUUUUGUAAAGUUGUCUCUUCUUCUCUGUACUCAUGUCAGCAAACUACCACCACAACACGGGACAUGACGAAU